AUGGCAGAUUUAGGUGGAAAUGCAGAAUUUGGAGAAGUUUGCAACUUCUUCCGGAAGCCAAUAAAGAAGCAAAACAUUAGAAAGCGAAGGGUUGAUGAAGAUGAGGAGGAUGACGGCUCAAAAUCUGGGGGCACAUUAUUACCAAGUCAAAGAAAAGCCUCAAAGCUCGAUGGCAAGCUGUAUUUUUCUAGUGGACCUACUACGAGCUCUACUCCUGGUAGUAGUGCAAUCUUUGAGUUCAAGUCUUCAAAAGAAAUCCAAGUUGAACAUGAUAGUAGAGCAACUGCGACUUUGGAGACUGAGACUGACUUCUCUAGAGAUGCUCGAGCACUUCGUGAGAGAGUUCUUAAGUAG